AUGUAUCAAACACGGCCAGAGCUCAGUUACAAACCACCCCGUGAGCAGCUACCUCCCUUGAGCAGCCUGUUUGGUUCAGCACCACCUCAAAAUCGACCGGCUCAAUCACCAUAUUCCGAUGGCCAUAGCCCCUCUUUCCCAGCGGGGUCUCCUCGAGAUAGUCGACACCCAGCAACACCUGUACACCCUGACCGACCCUUUGAAAAUUCUUACUUCCAACGACCACCAUUAUCUCGACAUUCGUAUGGAUCAAGACCUGAACAAGUUGAAAGACUUGGUAUUCCACCUCCCCCUCGACCAACACAGACAGGACCUAGACCCGAAUCACCUCGAUACGACUCGCGGUAUGGUGUUGACGGCACGAGGACUCAAGGACCCGGACCCGUGAACGGAUGGCCACACCAUUCACAAUCACAAUCAAGGCCCUCAUCCGAAUUUCUAGCCAGAGACACAUCUUCCUCGUUUCGAGCUCACGCUGACCAUCACCAUCCACCCCCUCCUCCCCAUAGACUCGAGUCAGACCCAAGAGCAGCCUACCGCGAAGCACCUCACAGCGCCCCUGUGACCCCAAGUUACCCACCAACACCUGCCAGCACAGUUGCGGGUGAUGCGAACUCCACGAAGGAUGGACUGGGUCCAAAGAUUUGGACUGGAACGCAAUUCUUGCCACGAUUUGUUCGACAGGCUGAGGUACCAGGAGAAGGAUUGUGUUAUUUUUAUGAUGAUGGAACCCACUGCAAGACUGUGAUCGAUGGCGAGAUCGUCAAUGCCCACUGGGGUGUGACAAAGGCUGGGAAACCAAGAAAGCGACUUGCUAUUGCUUGCAUCACUUGCCGAGAGAAGAAGAUCAAAUGCGACCCAGACUAUCCACGUUGCGUGCAGUGCGAGAAGUUUGGGAGGAUAUGCAAAUUCAAGAACGCUCCUCGAGGUGGCCAAGGAUCACCCGAUACACCUCCAGCCGAUCCAGAAGACAGCGUUUCCCGCCCAGUCUCAUCGCGAGCUGAUGCUGAAUCUUUCAAAGGAGAGAAGCGUGAGAGCAGCCAUUCUGUUUCUCCUCGGCAGCCACUCCGACAGGUAACUCCAGAGUCCGAUACUCAUCAUGCAAAACGUCAGCGAAAUGGCUACAAUGACUUCACACCGGUCGCUUCAGAAGCGUCUCCGCGACCGUCAGUUCACGAAAUUCACUCCCCAUCGACCCCUUGGAUGGAAACUUCAGGCACUGGCCUCAUUGAUCACAACAGUUUACUGCGGGAAUGGCACACGAAUCCUUAUAGUGCUCACCCUGCUCUCGUCGCCGACCUCAUCUCCGUAUUCUUCAAACAUGUUCCCGAGACAGCUCACUGUAUGUUCCCGCCGGAACCUUUCAAGUCGUGGGUAUUGUCAGCCAGUGAGAAGUCUGCCAAUGACUUGAUGUUGAUUUACACCAUCCUGGCUCUCGGAGCUGUCUUCUCCUUCAAUCCAGGGCACCGACCACUUGGUGUCCAGUACGCUGCGAUCUCCCGAUACGCCUGCGAUAACCGCGACUUCAGCAUUCAGCUCGUCCAGUCUCGACUCCUUCUGUCUCUCUACUAUUUCGCAACCAACAACCCGAACGACGCCUGGGAUUUUUGCGGUGGAGCGUUGCGAGCAGCGAACGGCCUGAGGCUUAAUUUAGAGAUUGAGAAGAGCGAUGAUCAUUUCCUCAAGGCCUAUCCAUAUGGACUGAAUCGCACUGGGUAUGCUGAGUGCAGAAGGAGGACGUUCUGGAGUUGCUACUUGUUGGAUCGAUUCAGCAGCUUCUGUUCUAGGCAUUUGAGCGUCAUUCAUCCCGAAGAUGUUUUCCUGCGACUCCCUUGCGAUACCAAGAGCUUUGAGUCGCAGGCAGACGUCCAGAACCCAUAUUUCGACAUCGCCAACCCCGCUAUUCACAGUGCGAACUGGACGAUUGGAUCCAUGGCUUAUCUCAUUAAUGUCUCUUCAAUUUGGAGCGAUGUUAUGACACAGAUUUAUCGCUCUUCACAACGACUAACGCCGGCGACUUCUAAUUCUGCAUUCGCCUCUUUCUACGAGAACAUCAACCAGCGUUUGCGAGCGUGGAAUGACUCCCUACCCAGCUGCUACCUCUUCACAGCAGAUAAUCUCUUGAGAGCAGCGCGCUCCGGAAAUCUUGGGACGUUCAUGACCAUGCACACAGUGUAUCACACAACAGCCAUGAAGCUUAACCGCCACAUCCAGCAUUCUGUUCUCUCUAGACCGCAACUCCAACACCACAUCUCCUUGGCACAACACCACGCCGAAUCUCUCUUAGUGGUCAUUGACACCCUCGCAUCUCGUCGCUCUCCAGUUCCCUCGAGUCCAACCAGCCUGACCGACAUGCCCCCCAAAUUCUCCUAUCCCUUCGUCGGCUAUUCAAUCGUCUCAGCUAUCGACAUUUUGACCGCCAAAAUCCCCAUCUCUUCCAUCUCCACCCGCCUCGCCUCCUUCAGCGGGGCGCAAACCAUCCUCGCCGAACUCGCACCCUUCUGGCAAAGCGCCAAGAAGCAACAAUCAUUGGUCAUCCAACGCAUCAGAGACUUGGCCGAGCUGGCCGCUGGACGAGACGAUGCCGGCGAAGCAGGGGCUGUCGGGUUCAAGUUUGGGGCUAUGGGCGCUGUGAUGAGGGAGAGUACCGGGGAAGGGAUAUUCGAAAUGCGGGAGGCGAUUGAGAAGACGUUUGCGAAGGAUCACGAUUGCCUUUACGCUUAA